AUGGCUCCUGUACAAGACGACGCCACAGGCGACUCAACGACCAUGCAAACACACCCUCUAUUGAUCACCAUGGACCAGAGUUCUUAUGUCAGAAGAUCUCCACAAGAUGACCCCAAGGAUCUAUAUGGAUUGUUCCGCGAACUCUCAUUGGAGAGAACUAUUGAUCCAGACAAGAUGCAACGGCACAUCUUGGACAGCAUCUAUCGCCUUGUCCAUGGCUCCAACAACAUCGAAGACGUCAGUUUCAGCUUCAACACCACAGUCGAGCUUUGCCGCACCAUUUUUGAAGGCUCCAUCAGUGAUCCCUUUGACCUCCUAGUUCUUGACGUGGAAAUCUAUCGAGAGUUGGGACAGCACGUCAAGGCAGCUCAAUAUCUCAUUUGGCAAACCACCAAGAGCGAUCUGUCCGAGGAUAUCAUCAAGGAAGCACAUCGCAUCUUGACAAAUGAGUUCAAUGAGACCAAAGGUACAUAUGAUACUGAUUACAGCGGUGAAUACCGCACAUCUCCUCUGCAAGCAACAUCCCGUCCCUACAUGGACCCCAACAGUAUUCCCGCUGCGAUGGACAAGAUGAUGGCCAGCUACCGAGAUGAUAUCCGGGCUGCUGGAAUAAAAGGGGAGAUUGAUCCUGUGGCACUUGCAGCAAAGUAUAGUCACAUUUUCUUCAGUAUUCACCCAUUUCAUACCGCCAACGGCCAGAUGAGUCGCCUCAUACUCAACGCCAUACUCUUUAAGUGGGCAGGAUGUCUCGCUCCUUUUGGUCAGGAUGAGGAGGAGUGUGCAGAGUAUCUUUCCAUCGUUGUUGAAGCGAUGGACCUGGAAACCUGUGAUGCUGAGAGUUGUAAUGGAAUACCCGAUGGCUGUAGACCGAAGCUUUAUAAAAAGCUGGCUUCCUAUAUCUUGAAGCAUGCGGCGGCGGGUAUGUUGCUGGUUUGCGAGCCCCUGCAAUUGGAUGGGUGA